AUGGGAAUGUGGGAGGAAGCGAGUGACCCAGUGAUGGGGAAGAAGGAUAAAAAUGAGGAGCGGAAGGAGAGAAUCCUGAAUCUCACACUGGAGAUUAUCUAUCUGCUGACUGGAGAGGGCUACGUCAUCCCUAAGAAGAAGAGCCCAACUGUGGGUUUGGGGGCCCUGCAUGCCCCUGGCUCCGUCAUACAGAAGGAAAAUGACAAGAAGAUCCUGGAACUCAUCUCCAACAUCAUCCAGCUGCUGACUGGAGAGGUUGCCAUAAGGUGUGAGGAUGUUUCCAUCUAUUUUUCCUUGGAGGAGUGGGAGUAUAUAAAAGGAAACAAGGCCCUUUACAGGGAAGGAAUAAAGGAGGAGGAGGAGGAGCCCCAGCAGCUCCGCCCACUGGACGGUGAAUAUGAAGAUAAGAGAGAGAUUCCAGCUGAUCUGGGAGGAACAUUAUGUUAUAAUAAUGAGCCAAGCAAGAUUGGGGCUGAAGGAGCAGAUUUUUGUGCCGACGGAAAUCUCACAAACCCUGAAAUUUCUCCAGCGGAACAGCCCCCACCGGCCAAUGGGAUUAAAGAGGAGGCGGCUUCAUGGGAAGGGGGAAACCAAUCAGAUUGCAGCAUUAAUCCCCUUACAGAACAGAUACAGGGAACAGACACACCUACUCCUAUCAUGGGGUGCAGCCUGAAUAACAGCUCGGCAGAAGAGGAUAUAAAAGAGGAGGCGGCUUCAUGUGAAGAAGGAAACCUUAUUGUUUCAAAAUCAAUACAGGAAACCAAUAUAUCAGCUCCUAUCAUGGGGCGUGGCCUAAAUACCAGCUUGUCAGACAGAAAUGUAUCAGAUGGGAUUAAAGAGGAGGCAGCUUCAUGGAAAGGGGGAAACCAAUCAGAUUGCAGCAUUAAUCCCCUUACAGAACAGAUACAGGGAACAGACACACCUACUCCCAGCACAGAGACGUAUAACUGUUCUGAGUGCCAUAAACACUUUAGCACUAAGGCCGGUUUUCUCGAGCAUCAGAAAACUCACACAGGGGUAAAAUCAUUUGUCUGUUCUGUGUGUGAGAAACAUUUUGCUUGUCACUCAGAUCUUAUUGUACAUCACAGAACCCACACAGGGGAGAAACCGUUUGUUUGUUCUGAAUGUGGGAAAUGUUUUGCUCGUCGCUGGCUCCUCACUCAUCACUUAAGAAGUCACACAGGGUACAAACCGUAUUCCUGCGCUGUGUGUGGGGAUAAGUUUUCACAACAAUCAACCUUUAACAGACACUUCCGAAUACACACAGGGGAGAAACCAUUUUCUUGUUCUGAGUGUGGGAAAUGCUUUUGUAGCUCAUCAGAACUCACUGUCCAUCAGAAAACUCACACAGGGGAGAAACCAUUCUCUUGUACUGAAUGUGGGAAAUGUUUUGCGCGACGCUCGAACCUCACUGAUCACUUAAGAGGUCACACAGGGGAGAGGCCGUAUUGUUGCGCUGUGUGUGGGGAGAAGUUUUCAUACCAAUCAGCGUUUAACAGACACUCCCGAAUACACACAGGGGAGAAACCAUUUCCCUGCUCUCAGUGUGAGAAACAAUUUACACAUGACACAGCUCUUAUUGCGCAUCAGAAGAAACACGGAGUGAAAAAGCCGUUCUCUUGUUCUGAAUGUGGGAAAUGUUACUCUCAGCCCUCGAAACUCGCCGAGCAUCAAAGAACUCACACAGGGGAGAAACCAUUCUCCUGUUCUGAAUGUGGGGAAAGGUUUACAUAUCGCUCACAAUUUAAUACGCACAAGAAACUCCACACAGAAGGGAAAACAUUCACCUGCUCUCACUGUGGGAAACAUUUUACGUCUCACUCAGAUCUCACUGUACAUCGGAAAAGUCACAAAGUGAAGAGACUGCUCCAUUGUAGCGAAUGCGGGAAAUGUUUUAAAUAUCAGUCGCAACUUACUGUACAUCAGAGAACUCACACAGGGGAGAAACCAUUUUCCUGUUCUGAAUGCGGCAAGUGUUUCCCCUGGCCCUCGGACCUUAAAGUCCAUCUCAAAGGCCACACAGGGAAGAAACCCUACCCUUGCACUGAGUGUGGGAAAUGUUUCAGCCGCAUUUCGAACCUCAACCAACAUCUCAGAAUUCACACAGGGGAGAAACCAUUCACUUGCACUGAAUGUGGGAAAUGUUUUGCACGACGUUCCCUGCUCACUGCCCAUUCCCAGUUACACACAGGGGGGAAACCAGUAACUGUAUCUACCGUAAACAGCGUGUAAAGGGGAACGGGCCAUACAUGGGCAGAUUUAAGCUGCAGAUUCAGGUCCUUCAGACCCUGUGUAUGGACCCGCCGACCAAUAUUUGGCCAAAAAUCAGCCACAUGUCGAUGGGUGGGCUUGCUUUGUCUGUCAGACUGACGACUGCAUUGGCUCAUUAAAGGAGACAUAUCCUAUAAAAGUUAUGAAUGUACCAGGGAAUUAUACUCCUCUAGAUA